AUGUCAGAUAUACAGUCAAAAGUCAACAGUCGGCUCACACAAGUCACCGACUUACUAACCGGCAAUAAAACUGCCAUGACUAUUCCAUUCGAUCCGAAUUGCACCAAGUUUCCAUCUAGAAAGGACGUCAUACGAAGAGAAGAUGCACCGGAGGGGGCUGCGUGGGUUUGGGGGACUGAUGAUUAUAUUGGAAGAUUGAAUCUUCUCACGCCCACUCGUGUUACUGCCGCGAGCAAUGAAAUUCAAAGUGGGGAGAUUGUUCCAUUGAACUUACCUUUGAAUGUACCAGAGGUACCAGCUUUUGGUCGAGAACCAUUUCAACAUAGCAUCAAAGAGCUAGCUCCCGGGUUGGCCUAUGACGAUACAUAUGUAUUGAAUACGCAAUCAGGUACACAAUGGGAUGGAUUCAGGCAUAUUGCACACAUGCCAUCUGGCAAAUUUUACAACUCCACCACAGGAAAAGAUAUCAUUGGGGUUGAGAAGGACGAUAACAAGUGUGGUAUUCAUCAUUGGGCAGAGCACGGCAUUGCCGGAAGGGGAAUCUUAAUCGACUACUGGACUUAUGCAAAUGAUAAUGGCAUCGUUUAUGAUCCCUUUGACUAUCACACAAUAUCCCACGCUGAACUGCAAGCUGCCGGAAAGGCUCAAGGCAUCGACAUCCGUCCUGCUUCCCAAGGCGGACAUAUUCAAAUCGGAGAUUUACUCUUCGUUCGUUCGGGUUUCGUAUCUACAUACCACUCCAAAUCUCCAGAAGCACGAAAAGCUGCCGCUCUUCGCCCACAUGGUCUCGGCAAGGACGAUGGUCAGCGAUGGGCGGGUCUCAAACAAGAUGAGGAUAUGCUUGACUGGCUACACGAUUGUUACUUCUCGGCCGUAGCAGGUGAUGCACCUGCUUUUGAAGCUUGGCCAUCCCAGGAGCAUUACAUGUUACAUGAAUAUAUUCUGGCUUUGUGGGGUAUGCCCUUGGGAGAGAUGUUUGAUCUGGAGAAAUUAGCAAAGACAUGGGGGUGUAUCCAGCCAUGGAAACGCGAUGGCUAUAUUUUAAAUACUUGGUACAAAGGCGAUUUGGAUGAAACACUCGACACAGCUCCUUUGUAA